UGAUAAAUAUACAGGACACAAUUUACGGAAUAUACCUUGAGGACCAUUCAACACAAGCAUAGAGACCUUUCUGUGAACAGAACUCUUCUGUAGUGUAAAACUGCUUGCGUCUCACAACAUGAUCUCAAAAAUGAAGAAAAUUUGUUCGCAUGUUCCUCGAGAAUGGAUUUCUGCGAUGUUGCCAUCUUUGAUGAUAAAUGAAAUGAGAUGUCCAGAGUACGGAUAUAAGAUUCGCCGAGAAUACUAUCUCUCGGGCUGGCCUCUUCCCUCGCUGGAUCCACUAGUCGACCAUGAGCAAGAUGGAAUUGUCUAUAUCUGACGCCGUAUUCAUCGCUGUAGUGGUCGAGGUCCUUUUAUAUGGGAUGUACACUUGCCUCUUCUUAGGAUCUUCGUACAUUUUGAUAUUCAAAAAGGAGAAAUCCAAAGUUGUCGUUACCAUGAUUGUCUUGAAUACAAUCAUGUGGUCCGUGUCGACGACGCAUGUCACGAUAAACCUCAUCAAGAUCCAUUGGGUAUAUCUGCGGGGUGCUGAAAAGGAUAAUAUCAUGAUCGUCGAGAAUAACAUGUCCCCGGGACUCUAUCCACUCCUUGCGUUAGAAUGUGUAAAUUUUUUUAUUGGGGACGGGAUCGUGUUAUGGAGGGCAUGGAUACUCUGUAACCGUAGCAGACGGAUACUCUGGGUGUCUUCAAUUUUGCUUGUAACUGCAUUCGUUACUGCUGCUGUUGCGCUGUUACACACACUCGGAAGCUCACCCCCAUUGAGUACUACUUCUGAUAGACCGUUCGCAAGUGCCCGAGCGAUUAUCGCCAUGAUUUUGACGCUGUCGAUAAAUGUAUGGGCCACAUCUCUGAUCGCUUAUCGUACCUGGACUCAUUAUCGGUUGAUUCGCUCACUAACUGGUUCAUCCUUCGCAUCUCAGUUUUGCAAGAAACAUGGUAUCCUUUCGUUGAUAAUCGAAUCAGGCGUGUUUUACUGCUGCACAUGGUUCGCUACUAUCAUUAUUGCUGUCUCUACAAGCAAUGGAAUAUAUAUCCUAUUCUGCAUGCUUGCCCAGCUCACGGCCAUCUACCCUACGCUGAUUAUCGCCCUUGUUUGCCUAAGAUCGACGCUUGACGUGACCAUGCAAAGUUCUCAGCAGAUGAGCCGGACCCAACAAAUUAUAACUGGCUCCGAUUCCUCCGAAUCUUCAAACCGCUCCAUUUCCAUGUUUGCUCCCCAGCUGAUUGUUGAAAUAGAGACAACAACGUCUAGUUCGUACGAUAAUGUUGCAUCUAUCAUUAUAAAUAGAUUUCAAGAGGAUAACAUCCGGUUACUAAGUGAGUCUGGCUCGGUCAACUUGAAGUUGUGAAACAUUUUGUUCAUUCUGGUAUAGACAACCCAUCCGGAACGGACUCGAUGAUAUCUUUGGCAUGAUUUGGUCCGGAAGAGUUGGGUUAUAGAACGAGCCCGCAAGUAUGACGUAGAGCAGGUAAAAAUACCAUGUACAGCGUACCAAUUUACGAUACUCGAGAUACCAGACCGAAGAAAAUGAUUAUGAAUAAAAAAAAUAACAGUGCGAGAUCAGUUCUGUC